AUGAUACGAAGAACGACCCAUCUUCGAACGCUGUUCAAAUGUAUCACUCUACGCUCUCUGAUUUUUUCUUCAUCUUCAGCAUUUUCUUCUGCAACUCAUUUAAACCAAAAAACACAGCCUCACAGAACGCCCUUUAAAUCGUCAGAAAACAGUGAUCCACUUUUCAUAAAUCGCUUAUGCAGAGAGCAGAAAUUCAAAGAAGCCGUUGAAAUCCUCUGCCAACAAAAGCGAUUAAAGGACGCGAUUAGAUUACUUGAAAACCAUGUUCACUCUCCAUCUGCCGCUAUAUAUGCGACGAUUUUGCAAUUGUGUAUUGAAAAGAGAGCUCUGGAAGAAGGCAAAAGAGUCUGUAUUCAUAUUAAAGGCUCAAGUUUUGUACCUGGGAUUUUUGUUUCAAACAAGAUUCUUGAUUUGUACUGUAAAUGCGAGAGUAUUUUGGAUGCCCAGAAAUUGUUUGAUGAUAUGCGUGAGAAGGAUUUGUGUUCUUGGAACAUUUUGAUUUCUGGUUAUAUGAAAAUUGGAUGGGUUUUAGAAGCGAGAAAGUUGUUUGAUGAAAUGCAUGAAAGAGAUAAUUUUUCCUGGACAGCGAUGAUUUCGGGUUAUGUGAAACACAAUGAACCUGAAAAUGCGUUAAAAUUGUACAGACUAAUGCAAAGAAAUGAAAAUUGCAAGAGCAAUAAGUUUACAGUUUCUAGUGUACUUGCAGCUUCGGCUUCAUUGAAGUCUUUGCGCCUUGGAAAGGAGAUUCAUGGUCAAAUUAUGCGUAGUCGGUUGGAUUCUGAUGCAGUGAUAUGGGGUGCUUUAUUGGAUAUGUACUUUGGAGAGAGGAGGUGGGAAGAAGGAUUCUCGUUGUUCUCAGUUUUAUCUAGUUCUGGGAUAAGGCCUAAUGAGUUUACAUUUGCCAGUGUUCUGAAUGCCUGUACACAUCAGACAGCAGAGGAGUUGGGCAAACAAUUUGGAAUGGCAACUGCUCUGGAAACUUUUUGUGGACAGGCAUAUGGAGCCGAACAAUGCUGGCAGGUUGGAACGUUCACUUAUGGUGCCAUUGUAUCACUCUUCCUGGAGCCAGUACACCACAGGCAGCCUGAGUUGCUCUGUGCUGUACUGAUUAUGUCAAAUGCAGAGUUUGUCCUAGCAAAUACUGCUUUCUUCGUUAUUGCCAUUCACUGGGCUAUGGAUCUAGUGAUGAUAAGGAAGUUGUUUUUUUUAAAUGACUCCUUUACUUUGCCUCUAUAUCAUUAUGGACAAUUUACAAGCUAUGCUAUCGGGUGA